AUGUACUCUCCCAUGGCCCUCUACUCGCCCCUGGCCCCCGACCCGCUGCCGCCCGGCCCGCGCGUCACCAGCCCCGCCGCGCCCCCGCUGCGCCUGCUGCUGCGCGUGUUCAACGUCGCGCUGGCGGCGGCGGCGCUGCUGGUCAUCGGCAAGGCGAUCUGGAUGUUUCAGGAGUACAAGCAUGGCGGUGACGCGCCGCCGCCGGCGGGCCCGCCAGAGGCAGAGGAAAACAUGGCGGGCGCGCGGCCUGCGGCGGCGCUGCCCGCAGCGCUCGGCGUGCUGGCGGCGGCGGCGGCCGGCCGGCCCGGCUGGCAGCUGGCGGGGCACUGGCUGCAGGCCGCCGUGGCCGGGUUCCCCUGGUUCAUCUACCUGGUCGGCUGUACCGGCGUGUACUGCCUGCUCACCGCGCUGUGCGGGCUGGUGGGCGUGAAGCGCGACCGCCGAGCCCACCUCUCGGCCUACAUUGCCCUCAUGGCGCUGCUGGUGCUGUGGGAGGCAGGCGCCACUCUCCUGAUGCUGACAGACAACUCCUGGAGGGGGCGCAUCCCAGACGACCCAUCAGGGCGGUGGCGCGAGGCGCUGGGCUGGGUGGACGCCAACGAGCGGCCGGCGCGGCUGGCGGCGGUGGGGGCGCUCAUCCUGCAGAUCGGGGUGCUUGCGGCGGCUAGCUGGCUGCAGGCCAUCUACACCGCCGCCUACGAGGCCUGGGUGGACGACUGCGAGGAGCAGAGCGAGCGUGUGCGAGAGGCGCUGGCGCGCACCGUGGUGCAGACGUACGCCGGCGGCGGCGCCUCCUCCUGGUCCGCCCGCCUGCGCUCCAAGUACGGCGUGGAGGCGUCGGCGCUGGAGGCCGCCACCCUGGCGGCGCGCCAGGUGGCCGCGCUGCAGGACGACCGCGUGUGA